UGACAGUCAAAGAUGGCGUCCCCCUUAGUGCAAACAUGUUAUAUGUCCUGUUGUGCGAAUCGUACUCCAAAUGUUCUUUCUUGGGGGAGAGGAGGACUCAUCGCUUUCGGAACCUGCAACUCAGUUGCCCUGUAUGAGCCCAAGGCAGUGAAGGUGCUGUCAGUGCUCAACGGACACUCAGACAGGGUGAACGCAGUCCGAUGGGUCCACAGGUACGACUGCGGACCUGAAACUAAUUUGGUAUCUGGUGGAUCUGAUAACCACGUUAUUGUUUGGGAAACUGAAAAUGGACAGAAACCUGAUAUGUUCACCCAGCGCACACGGUGUGUCGGUCACUCUGCUCCGGUGUUUGCAGUUGAUGCCGUUUAUGUGGACAACGAAAACGGUUCACAAAUUCUCAUUGCUUCUGCUGCUUCGGACUCCACUGUGAAAUUGUGGCUGUACAACAACGGCCAAGCUAACUGCCUUCAGACAUUAUCUUUUGGUAGUGGAUUUGUGAUGGAUGUUUCCUUAGCCCUACUGCCAGGCUGCAGAGUCCCCAUCCUGGCCUGUGGGGGCGAUGAUUGCCAUGUUCACCUGUUUGUGCAACGUGAUGAUCAGUUUGAGAAGGUCCAUUCGCUACCUGGGCAUGAGGACUGGGUUCGAGGAGUGCAGUGGGCUGCCACUGAUAGGAGCAUUUUUUUAGCGAGCUGUGCCCAGGACUGCCUCAUACGAAUAUGGAAGGUCUUCCCUAAGGAAGACGCCUCAGCUGAUGAUGGCGGUGGUGGUGGAGACACAAUCAAGAUGAAGGAAGAUGUCUUUGAAGUAAAGCCGAACGAGGACUCAUCCAUUGCGUUCGCUGUGGCUUUGGAGACAGUACUCGCAGGUCAUGAGAACUGGGUUUAUGGAGUUCACUGGCAUCCUCCAGUCGUCACAGGUGGCACUGUGUGUCAGCCCAUGUGCCUACUAUCUGCAUCCAUGGACAAAACAAUGAUCCUCUGGGGUCCGGAGGAGGUGUCGGGCAUGUGGCUGGAGCAGGUGCGGGUUGGAGAGGUGGGAGGCAACACACUGGGCUUCUUGGGCUGCCAGAUGAGCCCAGACGGGUCAAUGAUCGUAGCCCAUGCCUUUCACGGGGCCCUCCACCUCUGGAAGCAGCACCAGGGAGACAAGGGGAAAUGGAACCCAGGAGUGGUGAUAUCUGGCCACUUCAAUGCAGUGCAGGAUUUGAGCUGGGACCCCGAGGGGGAUUUCAUAGUCAGCGUUGGCUCUGACCAGACCACCAGGCUCUUCACCCUCUGGAGGAGGAAGGGCUGUGCUGAGGUGACCUGGCACGAACUAUCCAGGCCACAGAUCCACGGCUACGACAUGCAGUGCCUUACCAUGGUGGGUCGCUUCCAAUUUGUGUCCGGGGCGGACGAGAAGGUGCUGCGUGUGUUCCAGGCCCCGCGUAACUUUGUGGAGAACUUUGCCAGCAUCGUGGGAGUGCCUCUGGGUGAUCUAAUGGCCUCUAGUGAUGUCUCCAGUCUUCCUGAAGGUGCUAGUACUCCGGCCCUGGGCCUCUCAAACAAGGCUGUGUUUCAAGGUGAUCUGGCUCACCAAAGCCAGGAGGAGGAAGGGGAGUUCAGCAGUGUGUCGGAUCAGUACCCCGAGUCCUACUUCCAUCCCCUCACCCUGACAGAACCCCCUCCAGAAGACGACCUCCUCCAAAACACCCUGUGGCCCGAAGUGCAGAAGCUGUACGGACACGGCUUUGAGAUAUUCUGCCUGGCAUCCAACAGCGCGAGGACUGUGGUUGCAUCUGCAUGUAAGGCUUCCCGGGCGGAGCAUGCGGCCAUCCUGCUGUGGAGCACACGCACAUGGAGGCAACUGCAAACGCUGAUGCUCCACACCCUCACCGUCACGCAGAUGGCCUUCUCCCCCGACUGCCGCUUCCUGCUGGCCGUGUCCCGGGACAGGACCUGGUCACUGUGGAAACAGCAAGAUUCUGCAGCCACAGACUCUGGUGCAUCAGGCCAAGAGCCCACCUUCUCCCUGUGUGCUCACACCAGCAAGGACACAUCUGUGCACACACGCAUCAUCUGGUCGUGUGACUGGAGCCACGACAGCAAGUACUUUGUGACCUCAAGCAGAGAUAAGAAGGUCAUUGUCUGGGGGGACUGCAGUUGCACGGCCCCUUUGGGUCCCUGCUCUUCGGUGCUGGAUGUCGGUGAUUCCUGCACAGCAGUCAGCUUCUGUCCCAUCUCCUGUCCUGAUGGAAGUUACCUUGUGGCAGCUGGGCUGGAGUGUGGCAAGAUAGCGUUGUUCAAGUGGAGGCCCUUAGCUGACAUGUCUGCUGGGACAGACUGGAGCCGAUGUGGGGAACUGGAUGAGUCCCAAAGCCACGCCCUGUCUGUCAAACGCCUGCGCUGGAGACCCAAGGUGGGCCGAGCCGGCCACAGGGACGAGGGGGCUGAUGGCUCCUGGGUCCAGCUGGCCAGUGCCGGCGCCGACCACGCCGUCAAAAUAUUCAACGUCAACAGGCUGGCUGUGUAGGUCACGCAAGGCUGAGCGCCACACUCGCUGCUCGGCCUCCCAAGAGCUGCUGUACAUUCACAACAAGCUCGAGUUCCCAGUAUCUCUGCCUGACAAGUCUCAUACCUUUUAAACAUUUUCUAUAUUGUUGUUGAUAUCAAGAAACACUUUGACUGAAAUAUCUGAUGGUGCUUGUUUUCAUUUUGCAGCAAUUGCCCAGUGCCUUUGGGUUAGAAUGGAUAUGAGAGAGAUGUGUGUAGAGAGAGAGAGAGAUGUGUGUAUAUGUAUCUGUGAGAGUAAGGGGGGGAUACAGUACAAUAACAGAUGGCGGGGUUGGGGGGACAAGAUCUGGUACAUUUAUUAAGCACGACUUGGUGUAAAUCCCAAUUUAAGCACCCAGUUUCACCACUGCCUCCUUUUGUGUAAAACAAGCAACGUAGGAAAAAAACAGCUAUGAUCUGUGGGGGGGGUCACACCUUUGUCCCCUUCAUCUCGGUACAUGGCCGAACGAAAGGGCACAGGACACUAGCUCUGUGCAAUGGGGUGGGAUUAAAGUGAAGCUGCGGAAGGUAGUGGGAUUAUUUAAAACCCACAGCUCACAGGGCCUCUAUGUCUAAUAAAGGGAUUUGCAGGUUAAAGCAGCAAAGGGCUGAGGAAGGAUACUUCAGUGGGAAAAGCGACACAAUUUGCUUGUUGUGUCACAAAUCAAUGGAGCGACGCUGAGUCUGGCAAGAAGGGAGGAGUAUUGACUGAGCAGCUGCUUGUAGGAGAGACGGUCUGUCGCUCUCCGGAACUCUUCACCGAAAUCAAAUCCGCUCAGUAACCGUCUACCGUUUUCUCACUUUGCUUUAAUAUAGUUUAUUUUUGUCUAAAAACCAAAGCAGGGAGUACUUGACACCUUCAAGGAUGGCUGUUUUAAGAACCGUCCUGGUUGUACCGCUGGUUGGCCGUGUGCCUGUAAUCUGUCAUUUUUGUUUGAUGUUCUGUUUGAGCUGUGCUCAUCUUCCAGAUGUGGGGUCAUGAGUGACUCAGGACUCCAGCCAUUGGUCUCUUUCAGACCCACAUACAAGGUACACACUGCACACACUGCAUUUUAUUCUCCCCAUACCCACGUGGGUACCUAUGUGGUACCAGACAGAGCGUGUUACCUGGUAUUCCUGUACGGAAUAUACCUUUUGUUCCCCAUUUUCAUUAACCACUUGUCCUGUGGAGGGUUGUGCUGAUCCAGUCCAUCAGUCACACACACACUUACUCACCCUUACAUUCACACACAAAAGGCGGUUUACACUAGG